AUGCGCCCUCCAUCUUUCUCCAUUAAAGCAUUCUACAUUCUAGGGUUUGAAUUACCCUCUCUUUGCGGUGUGAUUUUACCAGAUAUUGAAGCUUGCCCCGAAAACUUUGAUUUAGGUGUGAUUAGGGCUCGAAAACCCUCAAUUGGAGCAACAAUGAUAGCGGACCGAAUCUUCUUGAUUGACCUCCGGGUUCUAGGCGCAAUGGUCGAAGAAGCAAAAAAGAGAUGCGAGGCUGUGAUGAGUACACUAGAAACCUUAUCCUUGAAUCCAUCCUGCAAGCAUACUCUCCUCAGAUUGACCCAAUCAGAGCUCUCUUUCCUCUCUCGCGUUUCAUCAAAUGACUUCACUCCAAAUUCCGACCCAUCGAUUUCUGUCAACAUCGGCCAUUUUGAAGCAGUAGUUCACGUCCUUCAACAUCCAGAUAUAUCUGGCGUGACACGUGUCUGCAAAACAAUCAAAUUCCAACCCACAAGACACAACGAGCUUCAUAAAGGUGCGCAUGUUGAUAUAGUUUGCACUUUCAAUGGGAACCCAGUUUGGUUUAUUGUAUCCGAUAGAAACCCAAAGUAUAUAUCAUGGAACACCCAUCACGAAUCUUUAAAAAACAAGGGUUUACAGGCUAAAAUCCAUCUUCUUCUUGAAGCAGCUCACGCCUCUGUAGCAUUAAAACCUACUUCCAUAAUCUUUUUCUUCUCAAACGGACUUGACAGAUUCACACUCGAGAAUUUUCUUAACGAAUUUCAACCGGUUAACCUCGAAUCAUCAUUUUCAAAAUUUGACAUUAAUUUCUCCAAAGAACUAGAAGAUGGAUGGAUAGAUGUUCUUUCAAGAUCAUAUCAGCAUGCAUCUGUUCUUGAAAUAAAGCUCGAUUCUCCACCUGUCAUAAAAGAGCCUUUUGUAACUAACCCUUUGGUAAAACCUAGUGAUGUCAAAUUUCAAGGCUCUUUUGGCGAUCUUGUUUCACAAAUGAGUUCACCAGAUAAUGAAAACUACAUAAACUUUGAUACAACAGCUUUGAUUGCUAUUGUAUCGGGUAUCAGCAAUGGUGGAACACAAAAGCUUUUGGAUACACCUGAAGACGAGUUAAGAUCCCGGUUUAAAGGGAACACCGAGUUUGUGAUCUCCCAGGUUAUGUCUGAGAUUAAGGAUCCGAUACAUGUGAAUAUAUGUAAGGUUAUGUUUGGGAGAAAAGGUAUUGUAUGCGAGAGUGUUUUUGAGGAGUUUAAGGAUUUGGUUUUGAUGUGUGGAGGGGUUAAUGAGAAGUUAAGGGCAGGUGAGUUGUUAAAACAUGUGGUGGUUGUUAAAGAUAGUCCUUCAACACGAAUGAUGAGUCUUCCAACCACUAGAAAACUGGCAUUGAAGAAUAAGAUUGUUUUUGGGACAGGAGAUUAUUGGCAUUCUCCAACAUUAACUGCUAACAUGGGAUUUGUUAGAGCUGUUUCACAAACAGGAAUGUCUCUUUUUACCUUUGAGCAUAGACCACGUGCUCUCACAGUGUCCUUUGUCCACCAUCCUGAUGGCUUUGAGUGUUUGAUUAACAUAAAAAUGAUGGACUCUCCUAUAGUGAUACAAGGCUAACCUGUAUUGAUGUACUACAAUCACAACCAAACUUUAUUCCAAUUCCAUGGGAAUUACAGAUUAUAUGGCUGAUUUAUAUAACGAUACAAUCAAUUUACAGAGUUCCGAGAAUUAUAAUUCAGAUGUAAAAAAAACCUUGAAAUUUGCACACAGGAAUUAAAACAUACAUAUGUUCAAGAAAUUUACCUUGGGUGGAUUUUCUUCAAAGGAAAAAACGUAUUCAGUCGACUGUGCUCCAUGAUUGAUCAUACGAUUUAUAUAGGUGGGAAUGGAAAUCAUGUGCAAUUACCGGUUUAGAUGGGAGCACACUCCUAUCAAAGAAGCCACAACACGCAAUUAAGUCGUGGCUUCUGUAGUUUCUUGCAUCAAUCUUUAUGGAGGUUGAAGAACGUUGGAAGGAGACGACCGUGUUCUGCAAAGCUGGGUAUAAACGAACCGCAUAAUAACUGUAAAUAGCGAUUUAGAACGGUUGUGAUGAAAAGUUGAA